AGUUGAGGAGAUUGAUUAAGUGUUCAAGAACUGUUGGAGAAUGCUGUCAAAAGUGAUUGUUUACUGUCAUAUCAACACGUACUGAUGUUAUUGUGUGUCCGGUUUCAUGUUUUACAUUUUUUUGUAAUUCCGCAUAUAUGUUUGUGAAAGAUGGAUAAAUGUAGUGAAUAAUAGGUUAAAAAAGCCAGUGAUUCCUCGAUUCUGUUUUUUAUCGCAAAGCUUAGUAUCCUUUAAGAUAUUGCUCAAAUGAUUUAUCUGUUACUACAAGCGAGAGGAAGUCGGAAGAACCAUCAACAUAACUGAAAUUUGUCAUUUUGCACCCGUGUGUCAAUGGCAGAUCAGAAUAAGUUCGCCAAGCUAUCGCUGCAGUCAAAAAACCUGCAGUGCAAGAAUUUGCAUGAUUAUUUAAAAACGCUGCAGUCAGGCACACUUGAAAAGCUAUACAAUCACCCAACAACAUGCCUUGCUGUUUACAGAGAGCUACCGGAAAUUGCAAGACACUAUGUAAUCCGGAUCUUGUUUGUGGAACAGCCAGUGCCUCAAGCAGUGGUUGCAUCGUGGGUGUCACAAGCGUAUGCAAAAGAACAUGCUCAAGUAUCUGAGGUGCUGACGAGUCUCCAUGUUUGGCAAGAGGCAGCCAUUCCUGGUGGGUUGCCUGGUUGGAUCCUAAAUACAACUUUCAAGAAGUAUCUCAAAGUUGCACUUCUAGGAGGAGGUCGGCCAUGGAGCAUGUCUUCAACAUUGGAGGCUGAUAGCAAACCACGAGACAUUCCAUACCUGGAUAGUUAUGCAAAUGAACGAUGGGAAUGUGUCCUACACUACAUGGUGGGAUCACAACAACAGGAAGGGAUUUCUGCUGAUGCUGUGCGCAUUCUUUUGCAUGCUGGUCUGAUGAAGAGAGAUGAAGCCGAUGGGAGUCCUGUUAUAACAAGAGAUGGAUUUCAGUUCCUGUUACUGGACACUGCAUCACAAGUAUGGUACUUUAUACUGCAAUACUUGGACACUGUUGAAACUCGUGGAUUGGACUUAGUCGAAUGCUUGACCUUUCUUUUCCAACUCAGCUUCAGUACCAUGGGCAAGGAUUACAGUACAGAAGGCAUGAGUGAAGGUCUGUUGGUAUUCUUACAGCACCUCCGAGAAUUUGGCCUUGUCUACCAACGAAAACGCAAAGCUGGUCGAUUCUAUCCAACGCGAUUGGCACUCAAUCUCGCAUCUGGCCAAAGCAAGAUAUUGACAGAGGCUGCAGCUGAAGGCUACAUCGUUGUUGAAACAAAUUAUCGUGUAUAUGCAUACACCAGUUCCAAUUUACAAGUGGCACUUGUUGGCCUCUUUUGUGAACUUUUAUACAGGUUCCCAAAUUUGGCUGUGGGCAUACUGACUCGAGACUCAGUCCGUCAGGCUUUGCGUUCAGGCAUCACAGCUGAUCAGAUAAUAGGAUUUCUUAGGUUGCAUGCACACCCUCGCAUGAUUGCAGCAGGGCCGCCAACACUUCCUCCUACAAUUGUUGAUCAGAUAAAAUUGUGGGAGAAUGAGCGGAAUCGUUUCAGUUACACAGAGGGUGUACUUUACAGCCAGUUUCUUUCCCAAGCAGAUUAUGAAGUGGUGCGUGAUCACGCACAAGAGUUAGGAGUGUUAAUAUGGAGUAGUACUGCAAGAAGGACUAUUAUUGUCACAAGAGUGGGACAUGAUGAUGUGAAAAAAUUCUGGAAACGGUACUCUAAAGGUGGUGGGUGAAAUAAGUACUGAAAAUAUGCUUGAGUCACUCACAUCCUCAUAAUUUAGCGGUAAUGAGAAAUUAAAAAAUGUUCUCAAACUGCCAAAAAAACCAAUCAAUCAUUGUUAUUUGAAAUAUAAAGUUGCUGGAACAUUGUCUUGUACUUGUUUGUUAUUGUCAUAUGCAGUGCAUAAAAUGUGAAAACAGAGUUAACAAUUAUGAUGUAAAUGGUGAUUCUCUAUUUGUUUUGAAAGUUUUUUUCUGUAAUCAGAGUGUAAUUUUGUUUUUAAUGUUAUCAAAGAACAUGAAUUACUGAAGCAUCUUGACUGCAGUAGAUUGGCCUUAUCCUUCAUUGUCAGAACUGCAGAUUUGGAUGGCUGAUUAGUAGUAGAAGUGGGAAUUACAUCUUAAUGUUAGAAAUAGCAUCAAUCAAACUGCAGUAGCCCAUUACGAACACUACUGUUAAAUGUUUGAAAUGUAAUUGGAAAGGCAAGAAGCACGUGUUAUGCAAAUAGAAAUACUAAUUGUCAUGUUAGAAUCAGAACCAUAUGAUCAGACAGGAAGUCUGGCCAACAGUGCAAGGCCAAGGCUAUAAAGUCAAAGCAUACUAAAAAUGACCCCCCCCCCCCCCCCCCCCGGGUAAGUCAGAUACAAACAAGCACUUUCUGAAUAUAGCAGGUGAAUUAAAUGAAAACUUAGUUUCUCUGGGCCCGCCCGGUUGACCGUGCGGUCUAACGCACGGCUUUCCGGGCGGGAAGAAGCGCUGGUCCCCGGCACAUAUGUGUCGAGGUUCGAUGAGCCGUUUGUGGAUGAGUUUUCCAUCUCCCCUUAUUCUGCUUCAGCUACAUUAUGUCAGCGAUUGCUGCACAAACAAGUUCUCCACAUACGCGUACACCACCAUUACUCUACCACGCAAACAUAGGGGUUACACUUGUCUGGUGUGAGACGUUCCCUGGGCAGGCGGGGGUGGGUCCACCGGCGGCCGAACCGAACAAUAACCCUGGGUUUGGUGUGGGGCAUGGACUGUGGUAGUCGUCGUAGGGUCGUGGACCACUGCGGCUGCAGCGGGGACGGAGCCUCUCUGUCGUUUCUAGGUCCCUGGUUAACAUAACAUAGUUUCUCUGGAAAUUAUUUAAAUCUCUUAGAAAAUGGCUGCUGUCUGAAAUAUACUUCUGUGAUAAUGAAAAGGGGAGGCUGGGUCAAUAACUGAAUUACUGAAGACUGAGGUAUCGUAUGUAUGUUGGGAUGUCUAUUGUGCAGCACACAUUAGCCAGGUAAUUAGCCAUGUUUGUAACUUUUUCUUUUGGCAUGGUCAGUUUCAUGAAAGAUUAAAGUACUUCAUAAUGAAACUGCUUUAAAUAAUGGAGAAAGGAAUAAUGACAAUUUUAGACCUUUUGUUUUGCCAUGGGUGUUUGCUAAAGUUAUUGAAAAGGCCAAUAAAUACAUGCAAUUUAUUGUUUCAGUUCAAGUAAUUUGCUGUCAGAUGUACAGUUCGUUUUUAGAAGUGAUUUAACAGCACAAAAUGCUAUGUAUUCUUUUUCUCUGUGAGACACUGGAUGGGUUAAACAAAAAGUUGUGAAUGUUAGGUGUCUGAUUUUAUUAUUGAUUGUGUUGAUCACAAAAAUAUUACUGCAGCUGUUGGACCAUUAUGAAAUGAAAGCAGCAGUUUAGCAAUGACUGUGCAUCUUGGUGCAUCACAACAGUGACAAGAAACGGGAUCAUAGUGUUGGCCGCACUGCAUAGUGGUUGUCUGAUGAGCAGUAGCUAUGAUAAGUCAGCUGCUGGGGCACCAUUGUGGAACUAAUUAAUAGCCUCUGUCCCAUGUUCUACCAACUCAUGGAUUUUAUAAAAUAUUUUCUAUAUAAUUUUUGUUGAUGGAUUUAGUGAUUGCUCAUCAACAAAUUACUUCUUAAAUCUUGAUAAAGAUAGUACUGACUAUAGGUUGCGCACUGGACCAUAACCUUGACUGUUGACCUUACUGGCAGUAACUUUUGUUUCAAAAUUUGUUACUUUCUUCUUGAUUUGUGUUCAAUAAAUUUUUCAUAUUUAGAUUUUAUUGAUUGUACGGCACAGAAAUAUAGCAUGGUUGCCAGACUGAAGUUGUCUCUAGUUUGGUAUGAUGAUAUGUGUAUAUUUGGAUUAUGAUUGCCAUUAUUUUUAUAUUUUGAACUGUUGCUUCUUGAUUCAAUGCUCAGAUGACCUUGUUAAUUUUUUUAUUCUUUGCUGUGGACUACUUCAUCUCUGGAACUUCUCCUGUGCCGGAAGCUGUAAAGUUUUCUGACAAUCCAACUUUCUGCUAAAGAAUUAAAAAUACUUCUUUAUAAA